UGUUUUUGUGUUCUUAGUUUUUCUAUUUAACGAAGUAAUCAAAAUACAGUAAAAAAAUUUACAAUUGGUCUUGAUUUGUAGCUUUGAAGGGAGCAAAAAGUUUUGUAAAUUUUAUUGUAUUGAAUAUGCCACCGAACAUUAUACAGAUAAGCUCUGAUUAAUUGAAUUCAAUUGAAUGAUAAGUUGUAUUUGACUGGUAAAUGACACAUAAUAAAGUGGUAUUGUUGUGUUUAUGUGGAAGUGUGUUCUGGAGUUGUGGUAAAAGCCACAAUUUACGUUUGGUGUUAAAGAGCAUAAAACUUAACAUUUGAUUUGUUUGCGGGAAAUACAAUUAAAAUUCUGCGUGAAAGAUUAUGCCAACAAAAUGAAGAAGUAAAUCAUUUAGUUAGACACAAAAUUGAAGGAGCACAAGGUGCCUGGAUGAAAAUUUGUCAACACAGAAAAAUAUACAUUUUUUAACUAUCCUAUUCUAAGAGUUAAAAAAGAUAAAUAAGUUUCAAAAUUUUGUUGUUUUCGCUACUUGUUGUGGUUGCCUGUGUAGCCGUUGUCCUAUCGGAAACUUGCAAGUGGACAACUGAUGUGACUACAUGCAAAUCCAUGGCACAUUUUACUUGGUACAAUAAACACAACCUGCCUCAGUCAAACGUGAGUCGUGCGGAUAUUGAACACCAUGUUCCGCUUUGUUCCGUUACCGAUGUUCAGUUGAGAUUUCUGGUUCCAGAUGACUUGACUGAGGUGAGAACACUAUGUCAAGAUUGGUUUCCCAUUGAUUAUCCGCUGUCAUGGUAUGAAGAUAUAACAUCGAGCUCGCGCUUCUUUGCGCUUGCGGCUGUUUACAAUUUGGCUAUUAUUGGUUUAAUAGUUGCCGAAAUCAAACCUUACAGAAACCUUAACAAAGAGGAUAAAGGGAUUUUACCCGAUUCAAUGGGUCGUAAUGCAGACAUAGGAUAUAUUCUCUCUUUAGGUGUACAUAGGAAACAUCGUCGCAACGGCAUUGGAUCUUUACUAUUGGAUUCGUUAUUAAAUCAUUUGACAACAGCCGAACGGCAUUCGGUCAAAGCAAUUUUUCUGCAUGUGCUAACCACAAAUCAACCUGCCAUACUUUUUUACGAAAAGCGAAGAUUUCACCUGCAUUCCUUCCUUCCAUACUAUUAUAACAUACGGGGUAAAGGGAAAGAUGGUUUUACCUAUGUCACCUACAUCAAUGGUGGACAUCAGCCAUGGACAUUAUUAGAUCACAUCAGGCAUUAUGUAUCGAAGCUGCAGCAUGCUGGCUCGGUGUUCACAUGGAUUUCAACGCGUUUGAGGCAAGUUGUGCGUUGGAUUUGUCAUAAAACUGUGUCUCGCUUUAAUUUUGCACAUUAAGCUCAUCAAAAUCCACUGACGCACUAAGUGGUAUAUUCGAAGGAAAGAAACGAAUCCAAAUCUGUAGAUAUUUAAGUGUAUUUAGCACGGUGCUAGAGAAUUAGCUAAUAGGAAAAUAGAAUGAUUUUAGUUAUUUUAUAUAUGAAUGAUGAAAUGAGGAGCAGUUUAUUUUUUUAAUAUGCAAGCAUAAUCACGAUUACAUUGCUGACUGCGUUCAAACAGACAUAAAUACAUCUAGGCACAUUUACACGCAUGCAAAUCUAUUCUAAGUACGUAUUUACAUUAUGAAUAAGUAAUUAAAUUUUAUAAACGUGCUCUACAAUAUAAAUGUAUUCAUGGACACCACUAAUAACUUCACAUAACAUUCGCUUGUUUAUAGGCAAUAAUUAUAACAUACCCAAAAGUAUAAAUGUAUGUAGACUUUUUUUUUUAUUUGUUCUCACCUAAAAUCUCAUAAACUACAAUUAAUGCCUCAUAUUCACGUAUUAUUUUAAGCAAACUUUUGCUUGUCAACACAUGCUGACUACAAGCUUAAUUUUUCUUUUAUUACAUAAUUAUUUUUAUUAACAAUAUUUUAAUUGCAAUGUUUUGUGUAAAUACCAUAGUUUUUUUAUUGUUUUUUUUUGUAUGUAAAGCGAUAGUCUCUCUGUUAAAUAGUAUAAUUUUAUUCAGUUUCAGGUCAUAAAGUACAAUAACCGAGCAUCAAUAAAGACAGUAUGUUAAAAAUAA